AUGGCUACCGCCAACAACCAGACACCGUCACUUCGCUGCGAGUCGCCGCCCCCGGACGCUCUGCCCACUCCAGCAAUCGGCGCAUGCCCAGAGCUCUCACGCUGCUUGUCAACUACAUCCUCGUGGUCUCAUGGCAGCAGCGAUGCCAACCCCCGAGAUUCCCUCGGCAUCGAAAACUACUCCCGCCAUUCCACCGGGAGCCUGGAUGCUAGCGCCCUGAAGCACCAGCCUUCCAACAUGUCAGCCAACCCUAACAGACACUCCAGCUACAGUUUCGACGGCAGGAGUCGCCGCCGCGGAUAUAUGCGCCCACAAGGAACCGACUUUGCUGCCAGUGCCCGAUCACGCGAGAGCGUGAUGAGCCUCGGCAGUAUCGCACAUCUGCAGUACUACUUUGCUAGAACAGGCCUGCUUGAUGGUAAGGGUGGCCAGCUGGCCAGAAAGAAGCAACGGCGUGCAACCCUUGAUCUUUCCGACUUGGACACGGAUGCCGAUUCUUUGCCCAAGAUUGUCGGAUCAGAUGUCGACUCUUCCUACGCUUCUACAGGCAGCAGCCCUGAUUUCAAUUCCCAAGGUUUUGGCACCGACCUAGUCGAGUCUCCGGUCGAGGGAGGCGAGGAAUACUUCGAGGACACUUUCAGUGAUAUGGGGGAUAUACUCCCCCCGACUGUAAGCACCUAUCAUCAUCAAGAAAAGGUAGUCCCGAAGCCGCCCACCAUUUUGGAGCUCAAGUUGGAACUCGAGCAAACAUUAGGCGAUGCGAAGAAGGCCUUGGACGAAGUAGAGGCACGAAGGGUGGGGACCUACCAGGCACCAGCAGAUACCCCCGAAUAUCCCAACAUGCCGGAAGAGAAUACCCAAGGAUGGUUCGAGCUCCAGGGAAUGCACAUACUGGAUGUUGUCACCCUGGCGAUCCGUGCAGCAAAGAUAUACUAUACAGCCCACGAGCUGCCUGACCGUCUUGACUCUAUUAAGCCCGAGAAACAGGUCAGGGCGGACUUACUGGCUGUUAUGGAAACUCUCAGGCAGAUGGCCACCCGAAAUUUCAAGGAAGGCAUGAAGGAAGAAGAGAUCAAGACGAUGAACGACUGGGUUGACAGUGUUUUCGACAUUUUGGAGCAAGAGCAGGAGAUCGAAGACGCGGAGAGGGCGGAACGGGAUGGUUGGACUUGGCUUCAGGGCGACUGGACUGGCCGCGAGAUGGAGCGCGAGCGGGCGUUCCUCUUGUCCAUGGACACAGUCUCUGAACUUUUGCCAGAGUGGAAGCCAAUGUCAGCCACGGACGAGAAGCCUACGCCCUUCCUCGAGGCGAUGCAGAAUGGCGUGCGACUCAUCAAGCUUCACAAUGCUGUUGUGCACAAGUCACGAAGACGAUUCGGUGCUAUUGGACCCUUCCACACCGACACCCAGAAGCCCUACCGAUGCGCAGACAACUUGCGUUACUGGGUCAAGGCGGCUGAACUGCGCUUUGAGAUCAUGCUCAAGGUCGAUGUACUCGGUGUGCAGUACAACACAUCUCCUCAGGUCUGGGUCGGCUUUGAGGACGCCAUCCUCAAGUGGUCUCGUCACGUACGUGAGGAGAUCACUCGCGAGCUGGAGUCAUAG